AUGUCCAUUUCCCUCCUCAUCACCCACCCCGCCUCCGCCUGCUUAUCCUCUCUCCCCAAACCCAUCUCCCCCUCUCCCCUCCCGACCCAAACACCCCUCCCAAUCCCCUCCCGCUUCCCUCCCUCCUCCCUCCCCCACCUCACCCCCUCCCCCUCCGGCCGGCUAUUCCUCCACUCCCAAGAAUCCCAUUUCAUCUGGGAAUAUGACCACAAAGGCCGAAGAGUGGGAGAGAUGGUAUUCGGAAAGCAAGAUCGGGUGAACCGGGUUGUGUGUGGGGAUGGAUUUGUGGGGGUUUUGCUCGAUGGGAGAGAGGGGGUGGAGGUUAUGGAGAAGGAGAGUGAGAGGUUGGGAAAGUGGAGGAAAAUAAAGAGUGUGGAAGGGCCUGGAGGGGUUGUGACGGCGCUUGCGUCGGAUGGGAAACAGCUUUUGGCGAUUGGGACGGAUGGAGGUGGGCUUGUGGUUUGUAACAUCCAGGAUGGGACGAGAACGGACGUAUCCCUGGAAGGCCAUUCAGGGUCUAUAUCACCCCUAUUGUCAUUCGCCCCCUCCCUCCCAAACACCCUCAUCCUCCCCUCCCAAACGUCCUCAACCCUCCUCCGCAUAGCCCUAACCCCAACCACCCAAACAAUAACCCCCCUCUCCCCCUUCCCCUUCCCCUCCCCCGCCUCAGAGCCUAUAUCAAGCAUCUCCUUCUCCCCUGUGACUGAAUCUCCGGACGGGACACGUAAAGGCGGGCUCUGUGCCCUCGCAGCUGGGGGGCAAGUCGUGCUCGUCGGCCUCGAUCGCGCUGUCGAAGGGUCGUUGGGGAAAAGUGUGGGAUUCGGGGAAGGGGAAGAAGUGGGAGACGUUGUUUUCUUGGACGGCGCUACUUUGGGAGGUAGAGUGAAGAAGGGUGGGAAGGGUGGGUUGCUUGUAAAGGAUUUGAGGGCUUUGGAUAGAUUGCCUUUGGAGUUGGCUUUUGGGGAGGAGGUUGUAAAGGCGCAGGUUGUUCCACAGAUCGCAAAGUCGAGUCAAUCGUCCAAAACGGCCACACACCGGGUAUCGAAUACGUCGCCCACCUCGGCUUUGGGCGAAAUCAACACCAACCUCCCUCCCGCUUCUCGUCCUGCCACCCACGCCGCUCCCGGAAACAAAACCAAACCCAAAACCCCAGCCCCAGCCCCUUCCCGCCCUUCCUCCUCCUUGGCAUCAACAAAACCGCGCGCGUCGUCGUCAACUAUCGUGCCUUCCCAGACAAACAGAAGUGGCAGGGAGAAGGAGAAGGAAGAGCGACGGUCGACUUCGGGGCCUGUGCUUAGGGAUAGAGAGAGGGAGAGGGAGAGGAAGCCGUUGGGGAUGAGUACGAGGACGAUUGGGGUUAUUGAAGAGGAAGAGGCGGAGCAAGAGUCGCCGGGGCCGUCGAGGAUUACUUCUUUGGUUGAUGGGGUUUUGACGAGCCAAGUGCCAGAGCCGGUGCAACAAGAAGAAGAAGAGGAGUGGCAAGAACCAGGUGUGGACCUCACUUGGGCUCUCCACCCUCCUCGUCCUUCUUCGAGAACCCAAAACCACAGGACCCAAAACCACAGGACCCAAAACCAAACAGGAGCCACACAUACAAGUACAAGAGCAGUGGUUGAAGAAGGAGGAAUGUCUGAGAAGGAACAGAUUGCCCAUCUGAGGAGAGAGAUGGCGUUCAUGCAUAUGGACAUGUUGAGGAUGGGCCGGAAUCUUAGGAACGAAAUGAAGGCAGCGGUAGAUCCUCUGAAAGAGGAAAUACAGACAAGUCGGGUGGUUAUUGAAAAGCAGAGGAGGGAGAUUGAGAGGUUGAGGCGGGGUUAUUGA